GCUCGAGUCUCCGAGCACAUCAACUAGUUUCCUCAAUCUGACGGAGUGAUUACUACUCAAGCAAGCGUGCGGGUUGAUUUGUGGGCGUUGUGGAGCUGGGGAGGCCUGGCAAUCAGUCGAUCAGCCGCGAGAGGGCGAAGUUUGGACGCCCUUGGCGCCUUAGCAUGUGGGCAGAAAAAUGCCCUGUGGGACUGAGCAGGAGCCAAAUAAGAGCAGUUGCGAAAGCUUGAAUAGAUUUUCUGCGUUGCAUCUGGAAAUACCCCCUUUUGUUUCACUCCAGGAUCGGGCCAUUUAUUCUUCCAGAUCUCUGUUGAUGUGGCCUGUGCAUCACUGGGUUAGUUAGUUAAAUGCCUCGAUAAUUAUACAUCCUGGUACCUGCAUGCGAUCCAAGCAGGAUGACCCAUAAGUUGCCCGGUGGUGUUUUCUGUGUCGGCUCGGUUGUUUGCUCACAGGGGGGCAUGCUGGUUGGAUUGGCUGGAACUGUCUUCCCUGCAGAGAAAGGUCCAAACAACCCGCACUUUUGCGCCAAUCCCUAAGGUCCUAUCCAUUGACGAGGAGUUGUUUAGCUGCUUGUCCAGGUACCUAGAGGCAGUCAACAGCAUUUUUUCCCCCUUUCCUUUGUUCUCUGUGUCUGGAUUGUAUUUUUUUUUUUUUUCUUUUUUUGUUUUGCUGCUUUUCUACUGCUAAUAGAGGUUUGGGUAUCAUGGGGUCUGCGAACCCGAAUGCGGCGCAACCUUGCAAAAAGACGAAGACGUGGCAUUGUUCCCCCUCGUGCAGCUGAACAUCCCCGUUGGGAACGGCACGGAUCUCGCCAUGCCUGGCGGCACACAAUAUACUCUUCUCAGAGCUAGAUUGAAAUUAUGUAUCUAAAAAACUUUGGAUUAAGGAAAAUAAGAACAAAACGUAGGCAUAUAUGGGUGCAGCACACUGCAACUCCGGGCGCGGGACCCGUGGCGGCGGGUCGGGGGCCGUUCUCGCUGACACCACCACCUACCGUGGAGUAGCUUGCGCUGGAUGGAAACUUUGGACGAUAACGGAAUAAAGACCCGUCCAGCCUGAAAGCAGCUGUUCAUUCCCCGGGUGAAGAAUAACUCUCGUGAAUCUCUCCCAGCACAUCCAGUUUGCCCGUCACCAGGAAGCGACCGAAACCGUUAAAGUUGACGCGAGAAAGAAAAUGAAACAAGAUCUGAUUGGCAAGGUAGGAGACCAUAUCUUGAUCCUAGGUGUUCUGCUUGGAGACUUUAUACAAACACGAUUAUCAUGAGCAGACCGUGUUCGUGACUGGGGGGUCUGGGGGAUUGGGAAAAGCCAUCUCCAAACAGCUGGCCGCGCGUGGUGGGUUACCAAUUCGUCCACUUGAACCCCUCUUCUGUACUGAUAAUAGCCAGGUGCUCACAUUACCCUUUUCUCCCGCCGUUCGGCUCCACUAGAGGAAACGAAGGAGGAAAUCCUUGCGACAUGUCCGAACAGAAACCAAGAUAUCAACACCGUCACUAUCAACAUGGGUGAUGCCCAGAUGGUAAUCGCCUUUUUCCCGAUCCAGAUGCUAAUUACCUCUGGAAUGUAGAUCAACUGAUCUGCUUUCCCUAGGUCGAUGAGGCAUUCAAGAGGCAGCCUCGGCCCGCAGAUAUUUUGUACUGUGUGGCCGGUGGCAACCAUGGCCAAAACGGCUUCUUUGUUGAUAUCACUGCAAAGGACCUCGAAGAUUGCAUGCGGAAUAACUACUAUUCCGCCGCAUACGCCGCAAAAUCCAUGCUGGAUAUCUGGAUCGCCGAUGAUGCAUCAGUACGCAAACCAACCCGCCAGAGGCACCGGCGGAUCAUCUUCAUCAACAGUGCUGCUGCAUUCUUAGGGUUACCGGGCUCAAUUGCCUACACAACGGCCAAGUGCGCCGUGCGUGCCCUGGCGGACACACUCCGGAUAGAACUGCUCCGCAACGACUGCGCGGCAUCAACCUACUCAAUCCACAUCGCGUUCCCAGGCGACUUCGUCUCGCCAGGCUUCAUGAAGGAGCAGCAAACGAAAGUAGCCCUUAACAAGACAAUUCAGGGGCUGAACCACCCGAUCGAGCAGCUCAAGGCCAAGUUCCCGUCAUCGGACAAGGUCGCGAGUCUGAUCAUCCAUGCAGUUGACAGAGGCGACUUUAUUAUCUGCGAGGACUCGAUGGCGGCGUCUGUCUUGUUUGCUAAUAUGCAGGGGCCGUCGCCCAAGAGAGGUUGGGGCGUGUUUGAUGCGUUGCUUUCGCCGGUUAUGAAUUUGUUUGUGAUGCCGUAUCUAAGAUGGAAGUGGGAGGGUUUGACGAGGAAGGACGGCGAGAAACUUCAGAGGUCAAGAGAAUGA